AUGUCGACUACCGAAAACGUUCCCGAAGACCCAUUUGCGGAUUUCCAGUGGAAGAAUUCCGAGGUUUCGGAGAUGCGAAAAGGGAUAGAGAAGUGGAAGCCUGCACAGACGGCAACCCGCCGGACAAUCGAGAAAAACUUGGUGGAGGUCUUUCUGCAGCGGCGGGGGCUUGACACCCCGUUCUUGGCGGGCUUCGUGCAAAAGAAAUGUUCGCUGUGGUUCAGCAACCACACUGCCGACCGCCAGGAGGGAACACCGGACUGGUGCGGUCUCAGGCUGUUCACCGGCCGCGGCCUCUGGUACAGUAAGCAUUUCAAAGACGUUGAGGAGAAGGCGGGCAAGGACGCCAGUUUUGGCAUGAAGAACAGCCAGGCGGCGGAGAUGUGGAAGAAACUUGACGAGGAGGAGCAAGAGGAGUGGCUGGACUUGGCUGCCGAGUACAACACGAAGCCACCGCCUCCGGACUUUCAGCGAGAGUAUGGAUGCGUUUGCAACUACGCAAACAAGAAUAUGGUCCACAUCGUCGAAGAGUUCAUCAAAUUCAUGUUCCGCGUUUGUGGUGCCGCGGUCUUUGUAUACACCACCCGCCCAGCUAUUGGCGGUCAGUACAUGGAGACGGCCGACGCCUUGCAAAAGCACCAACUCUGGGACACGAACACGAAGGUGGCCUGCUUGGAGACCUUCAGUAGGCUGCUCGGCAUGAUCGGUGAUGCCGACCCUCCGGCGCUCAGAGACCAAAACCUAUUCCGUCGGCAACGGCGGGAUCGCUCAUCCACCGUGGCAUUCAAACACAUGUACGGUCUACCGCAGCCAUUUCACUCUAGUCACAAUGGCAAGAAGAUGACGAGCAAAGAAGUUUACGCCCACGGUUGCGACUUUUUCCGGCUCCAUCUCAGCCUUGCCACUGGGGACGGUGUGCUGCUCAACUCUGUCCCAUGGAGCACCAUUAAACCGGAACUCGAAAAGUACAUCCCAGAAGACUAUUUAACGUCCGAAUUCAAGGAUAAGUUCGACUGCAUGAGCAAGAUGUCGAUCAAGGCUCAGAAUAACUGGUUCCAGUACAUCCUCCAGACAGAGGCGUCAUUGCCGGCACCGGAAGAUUACGCUGAGCCUGGCCCGGGGGAGGUGUUUCAAGUUCCGGAGGGCCGCUUUCACCUCUUGCGCGGACUGCACAAGCCCACCGCUGAUCAUAUCCCCGGUCAGUACCGAGCACUGUAUGUGGACGACGUUACCGAGAGCGUUUCCGGAAACGGUGCCGAAGCUGGUCCGUCCAAAAAGUCUAGGCGGGGCGGCAAGUCCAAGAGGAACACGGAUGGCGAGUAUUCCACCGGGAAGCGUACGAGUCGUAAACGGGGCAAGACGGCGAAGCGCAAGGGCAAGGGCAAAGGGAAGGGACCCUCCUCCGACGACGAGGAGAACGACAACUUCUUCGAGAACGAGGCUGAUAAGGAGGACCGAGAAGAGGACGAGUUCGAAGAGCUCCAAUCUGGUGAUGGUGAUCACGACGAGUCCGGGGACGAUACCGACAGUGACAAGGAGGGUCGGAAGAACGAGGAGGAAGACGAGGAUGGCGACGGCGAUGAGGUUCGAAGUCGCUCGAGGACACCGGCAUUGACGAGACACCCACUGCUGCGUCGGAAGACUAUGACGGCCCAGGGCCUCCGUUCGCCGGUUGUGCGUCGAACAACCGUACUUCCGGCGGAGCGUCCGGCACCGUAUGGUGUCAAACCCGGCGGGGUCGUCCCGUUCCUCGAGAGCUUGUGCGCCGAGACGCAGUACCAGAACCUCCUGACCCGUGUAGCCAAGGCGCUCGAGACGAAGGUGGACAUUCCACCCAUUCCAGCCGCUCCGUGGGCAACAUGGGCUAACGUCCACGGGUUUGUUGGCCAUGAUCUCUACAACGACGCACAAGAGGUGGUCCGACUGCUCGACUGGAUCGGCGAUCAAUCGGAUCUGCUUGGUGUUCGGACUCCUCGCCCGAGACUCCCGUCAAGCGAACGACUUCCGAGAAGAGUCCCUCCGCCGGAAUUCGACAGCGGAGAUGAUUUCGGGCAGAGCGCCUUGACACUAUUGCGUUGCGGCGCAGGUAAUCUCCUCAAAGGAUCCUUCCCCGAGCGCAUGAAUGUCCUCUGCGAUAUGAUGGAGCUGACGCUCGAAGCUGGGUGGAAGCCGAAACGGACCGGUCCGAUGCCACGCCCAGUGAAGAAGAAGGGGAAAGCUGCGGACAACGGUGCUGGACCAUCCUCCUCGACAUUGCCCGGCAAUGGAACAACCGACGAAACCGAGGGAACCACCGGCACGAAGGUUGCGGGGGCUGCGCCCAAGCAGCUUCAACAACCACCGGUAUAUCCAGGUCACUGCCGCGGGGCUCGCGGCGGGGUCAAGAUCACGUCCACUCCGCCAACCAGAGCAGUGGAUGUACCGAAGCAGGCGCCAGGUGGUUCAUCCGGCAAUGAUACAGGGGCAAGGCAGCGGACAACACGCCAAAGUAUCCUGCACUUCGGGCACUCCAUGCUCGACGUAUUUGGCCAAUAUAACGGCUACAGUGCCAGGCGAAUAUGGGACCGAGUAACCGAGACCGCGCAGUCCGAGGUAUGCCUGGUCACCGUAGUUGCCAACAGUGACCAGGAGGUCGUACCACAAAUGGAAGCUAUUCUGGUCGCGAUGAUAGGUGGUCUUCCGGUUCCAUAUAAUUUGCAGUGCAAUCCCGGUGACCGGCCAGGGAAUGUGUGGGGCGACAUGUUCGUUCAGGAAUUCCGUGAUCUGCCGGUACUGCGUUGGAGCGACGAUUUGCAUCACCGCGUCGAGGAUAGCCCGACUUCGUAUUUCCAACCAAAUAUUACAGAAGACGCCACGAAUCGGUGUUCGGUGAUGGCUUGUCAAGAAUUGGAGCAAGGCCGUCCGUUGACCGCCACAGCAAGUUUUAAUAUACGUCUCGAUGUUACAAACCUGUAUAUCCACUGGGAGGAGGUUGGGAAGAAUCCAUGCGAGAAUGACACCGUCAGAAUCGGCGAUGGUAGCUGGGACAUGGAUUGCCGGUGGAACACCGGACUCUCCCGGCAGAUCCACCGGAAACGCCUGUUUCAGUUGGUCAUUCUGUUGCUCCGUGGCUACACCGCGGCCCAACUUCAGUCGCAGACGUGCCGCCAAAGCCUCUUGCAUGGUGUUGAGAAUGAGGAUGUGGAGAUUACUCCCUGGUCGACAGUUGUCGUUCGACAUGAGUGCAAGAAGGACGACGAGCAUGCCAUGAGUCUGCCAACAGAUUAUGAUAACGCGUUGAGCCACCUUCUAUCUGUAGCAUCGUGA